AUGAAAAUUGAUCGAUCGAAAUUGAAAAAAUAUCUGCCGGAACCGCCGGCUGAUUGUAAAUUAUUCAUUGAUAAAUUAAAAAGUUGUGAUCGAAAAGAACUUCAUGAACUAUUAAAACCCAUAACCAUAUGGCAUAUCGGAAAAUGUGAACUUUAUCAUUGGAUCGACGCAUUGGAUCUGUUCGAUUCAAUUCUAGAAGAAGCUUGUAUAAAGACUGGAACAUGGAUGCUUAAUUGUGAUAAACCAGAAAAUGCGGAAUUAAAGAUCUUAGUACUUGACAUUCUCCAUUUUACUGCAUUGCUAAUUGAACAUUCGUAUUCGCGUCAUUUAUAUAACUCUAUUGAAUAUUUAAUCAUGUUAUUACAAUCAUCUGAUGUACAUAUUGUACUUGGUGUUCUUUCACUUCUCUAUGUAUUCAGUAAACGUUCGAAUUUUAUCACAAGACUUCAACAUGAUAAAAAACAAGCAUUGAUUGGUCGGCUUAUAUUCCUAGCUGAAACUUGGGGUGGGCGAGAGAAUGGUUUCGAUUUAGCUCGCUGCUGUAGCUUUCGCAAUCCUGCAGAUUUUCCUGAACACGCCACAAAUCUACAUUUUGCAUAUACAGUCUCAUCGGAAGCGUCAUCGACGAACGGUCCAACAAUGCAAAUUCCUAGACAGAUUGAUAUUCCAAAUGUUCAUCUGGCUGGACCUAAUGCUGCUGCUGUGAUGGAACUCGCACUUGCUGAACAUACUUUACCAGAAGACAAGCAAAUCAAACUAUUUACUCAUCUUCGUUUAGCGUAUUCAUUUCCAUCAUUCGAACAGCGCUUACUGUGUAUACAAGCACGCUUACAAGCCUUAUCCAUACUUGUGUAUUCCGCAGCCAUACAAGAAGCAAGUAAUGUUCUCUAUGAUGGACUUAUUGAGGAAUUAGUUGAAGUAUUGAACGUUCGCGAUCCGACAUUGACAGAUAUAAAAGCAUCAGCUUUGAAGACAUUAACAUCAAUAAUUCAUCUCGAGCGGACGACAAAACAUCCACCACGUUUACAAGAAAUCAUCGAAGCAACACAAGCAAAUUCUUAUCAUGGAUUUCUCCCAGUUCUCGUUCGACAAUGUAUCGACAAAUUAACUGACGAUAGUAAUGAAAGAUUUCCACAGUCGUUGUCAACAGCAUUAUUUUCAUUUCUCUAUCAUCUGGCAUCGUAUGAAACAGGUGGCGACGCAUUAGUAAACUGUGGUAUCAUGCAGUCGUUGGUUAAAGUCGUGAACUACUACGAUGAAUCUCAAGAUUUUAUUAUGUUUGUCACACGUGCUGUUCGAGUGAUUGAUUUAAUUACAUCAUUAGAUAUGACAUCAUUUCAAACUAACAAUGGUUUACAAGCAUUUAUUAAUCGUUUAGAACAUGAAAUAACUCAAUGUCGUAAAGAACAACCGUUUACCAUUCGCAUACCUAAACGUAAUCAGGGUACACCGACUGCACAUCUUGAUAGUCAUCCACCCUUAUCUCCAGGUGCUCAAUCGGAUAUAUCAGGCGAACAUCCGUCGGUAACAACAGCGAAUACAACGGCGAAUUCAACUAUACACUUAGGUAAAGAUAUGGAUACAAGUGAAUUUUUCGAAGAACAUCAAGAAUCGAUUCCUCAAAGUCCAAUACCAGGUUUAACAUGUUAUCAUCAACGUGCUGCACUGCUUAAAUCGAUCUUAAAUUAUUUGAAAAAAGCCAUCACUGAACCAACAAUGGCGGACACAACACGUCAUAUCAUGGAUGGUUCGUUACCGAAUUCUCUUAAGCAUAUCAUCAGCAAUGCAGAAUAUUACGGACCAUCGUUAUUUCAUUUGGCAACUGAUGUUGUCACCUUAUUCAUCUUUCAAGAACCUUCGCAACUAUCAUCUCUGCAAGACAAUGGUCUAACUGAUGUUUUAAUGCACGCCUUGUUAAAAAAAGAUGUACCAGCUGCUCGCGAUGUGCUAUCAUCUUUACCGACUAUCUUCAGCUCUUUAUGUUUGAAUACACGUGGCCUAGAGAAUUUCAUGGAAUAUAAGCCAUUCGAUAAGUUAUUCCGUGUUCUUCUCUCACCGGAAUAUCUACCGGCCAUGAGACGACGACGUGGCACAGACACAGUCUAUGGUACGGCAUCAAAUCUUGGCAAUGCAGUCGAUGAAUUAAUGAGACAUCAAGUUAGUUUACGUACAGAAGCAAUGAAAUCCAUUAUAACUUUACUGGAACAAUUGGUUGAAAUCGGAAAUAAUCCAAAAUACUGUUGUCAAAAACCACAUUCGUCGUCCUCCUCAUCAACAACAAGUAAGCUAACUGACACAAUACGCACACAACAUCGAACAGUGCGAACAACGAAUACAACAAAUGCGAACACGGCAGGAAAUGAUCGAAAUUCGUCCGAUGAUGAAUACGAUGAUGACGAAGCAACGAAUGACGAAGCACCUCUAGCUAAUCGAUCAGCACCACCACAACCAACAACAACAGCCACAACACCACGCGGAAGCAUAAUCACAGCAACGGCUACAACUCCAACAGCGGCUGCAGCAGCAGCAACGACGACUACAUCUGGAGUGUCAACCUCACCGGAAACAAUAGCAAACGUUCCUAUUGUUCUUAAUCAAACACUAUUAAGUGAAAAUAAAUCUGAAGAUGAAUCAGUACCUAUCGCCGUUCCAUUAUUAGAUUAUAUUACGAAUGUAAUGCGUUUUGUCGAAGGUGUUAUCAGUAACAAUACAACCGAUGAUCAUGGAAAAGAAUUCGUUAAACUAGGCGGUUUAAAACCGUUAUUAGACAUUCUACAAAUGAGAAAUUUACCAAUCGAUUUUCCAUCAAGCCAAGCGUGUCAAUGUGUUGCAGCAUUGUGUAAAUCAACAUUGACACUUCUUGUCAAAGAUAAUAAACUAAUCGAAAUGGUUAUAACAAACCUUGACAAUAUACUAAAUUCACUAACAGAAUUUUAUUCCGCUCGUACGUAUGACGGUUCGCUACUGAUCGAAGAAUUAGCUCGUGCGGUUUCAUCAUCAACGCCGAUUGAUCCAAUCGAUGCAAUUAAUCAAUCGUCAUUAACUCCUACGCUUCAUCGACUAUCCGUAGUUCAUUCUCAUAUCUCGUUAUUAAUAUCUUUAUGUAAAAUAAGUCAAACGGAUGUUCGUGGAAUUUUAAUUAGUUUUUGGGGCACGGAAACUGGCUUACGGGUGUUGAGAAACUUAAAUAAACUAUGUUUGACAUUAAUAUGGGAAAGUUCGAUAUUAUUAUCGUUAUGUUCUUCAGAAACGAAUCUUAUUGAUCAACAAUUCAACAAAAAUGAUUUAUUGAAAUUAUUUCCAUUGAUUAAUGAUUUAACAAAUACGAUUUCACCGUUGCAUAACGUCUCAAAUCAGUUGAACGACUUGACAACUAAUGAAACUGCUCGAACAUUCGAUGUUGAUGAAAUCAUUUCGAUGGAUACAAGUGAUUUCACCAAAUUGAAACUAAAGUUGUCGUCUAACAUUCAACAACGAAUCAAAACUAUCAAACCACUACUAUGUGUUUCAUCGAAACUUGGUCGAGCAUUAGGCGAACUUUACAAUUUACUUGUUCGACAAUGUUCAACGUCACAAAUGCGACAUGCAAGACGUUUUAAUCAACAACCAACUGCUUACACACCAACCGCAUCAGCGAAAUAUGUCACAUCGACGUUAACCGAAGUUUUACGCGACGGAUUUUCGUUCCAUUUGCCAGCAAAUAACAAUUUAUCUGAAAGUCAAAUCGAAAAAUUUCGUUUAACAUUCUUCGUAUGUACAAUAGGUUUCGCCACUCCAAUGCUAUUCGAUGAACGUCGUCGUCCAUACAUGUUAAUGUUACAACAGUUUGAAUCGUCCAAAGCUCAAGAAGCUUUAUUUUCGGCACUCGAAUGGACGCUGAAUUUAAUCAACCGUCAAUCUCAGUCAACUGAUGAUCAACAGCUCUCUCAGUUAAACAACAGCUACGAUGCAUCACCGACAGAAUUUCUUAAUUCAGCACUAAUGCUUAUCUUACGUUUGGUCAAUGUGAAAUCGAUUCUGGAAUCUCCGUACUCGAUUGCGAAAAAAUCGCAAUUAGAAGGAACACAUUAUACACCGUUCAAUCCGUUACAUUACUUAGCAGCAACACAUAAAUCCGCAUUUCAUAUCCUAACAAAUUCAUAUUCAGUUCUAUGGGACAAGCCGUAUCUACUGAAAGAUCAUGCCACAAAAAUUAUCGACAGCAUACUCUCAAUAUUUUGUCAUAUUUUACGCGGUGAAUCGCAAAUUCAAAAGAAGCUCCAAGACGAAGAACAAUUACAACAACAACAACAACAACAGCAACAACCACAACCACAACAACCAAAUGCAGUUUUGGCAUCCACAAGUUCAUCCAACGAUGUCAAUCAACAGCAGCCAUCAUCGAUAGACGCAGAUCUUGCUGGUUCAUCGGGCUUACAGGGAAACAAUGCGACACCAUUGAAUGAGGACUAUAUUCAGUCGAUUACAUCUAUGGGCUUUUCACGUGAACACGCCAUCGAAGGCCUCAUGCAAACCAAUAAUAAUCUCGAACUAGCUGUGGAUUAUUGCGUUAGUCAUCCUCCAACAAUCGUGGCACCGCAACCACAAAGUAAUGUUCCUGAUAUGGAUGCUGAUAUGGCAUGUGCUUUACUUUUAUCACUAGGUCAAGAGGUAGAUGGAGCAGCUUUGGCCAAUCCAGUCGCAGCAUUAGCUGCUCUAUCUAGAGAUAAUAAUAACAUUGCCAGCAGUGAAACAAACGCAACGUCAACAACAGAAUCAGCACCGUCGGCACCAGCAACAGCGGAGAAUACGAAUCAACAAAAAGCCGCUGGCCAAAUUGAACCAUUGUCGAAAGAAUCUGUUGAUCGAUUUACUGAUUCAAUCAGAUUAAAAAUUCUCGAUAUACUACCCGACACUGUAUAUAAAAUGUGUGAGCUUGUUGUAACAACUAUGCACCGAAAUGGUAUUGCAUGGCGUGAUCAUUUCUUAGAAAUCAUUGCCAAUGACAUUAAAACAAGUUACUUAUCGCUGAUUGAAUUGUUGGAUAAGAAUUCAUCGGACGAAAACCAGCAGCCAACAGCCGUAUUUCUCAAUGAACAUCAAAAUUCUGUUCUAUUCAGUCGAAUAUUAUUAAUGUCGUUAUUAUUUGAAGAAAUGCCGUUUCCAUGUGCACGAGUUGUCGAAAGAUUUUCAUUAGUCAAUUAUUUUUGCAUAUUAAUUCAUCGUACAACAGACUAUCUAACGAAAUUAAAUGAAAAGAAGACACCAGCAUGGUUGGCAUCCGCAUUUAUAUUUGUCGAUUUAUAUGAAAAAGUCUCGUUGGCAUCGAAACGUCGCGCUAUUAUCAAUGAAAACUAUCGAGAUUGUACACGCGUAUGGCAAUGGUUCGACGAACGAACUGUCCGAUGGACUAAUUAUCCGAUCGCGCAGAACAAACAAAUCGAUGAUGCUUACGCUAAUGGUGAACCAUCGUGUAAAAUUCUUAUUCAACGUCGAAAUUAUCUCAUACAAUUUAGUACAAUGUUACAAACGAAUGAAGAAACACAUAAUAAGCGACCGAUUAUGUUAACCUUUGUAAAACCAUCGACGAAAACAAAUGCAGAUGGAUCAACACAAGCUCCCCUGGUACCGCCAAAGUUAUCAUCUGUCCUGUCAGCUUCGGAUACAAGUGACGACGAUGACGAUGAUGAUGAUCACGACGAUGAUGAUCAUCAUCAUGAACAACCUGGACAAGGAGUUGCAAUCACAUCGACUAAAAGCAAAAAAGUCGAAUCUAUGGAUACCGAACAACAAAUGGAUACAAAUGUAUCGAUCAUCGAAUCAUUAGCUGAUGAACAUGCAUUGAUAUUAACCAGUGAUUGUGUGUACCUAAUUCGCAUGCCAGUAGAUCCCGAUGCUAUUCAUGCAUUAUUACGUCUAAUAUUACGUUUAACACGUGAUUAUAAAUACGCUCGACAAUUUGCUCAGUCAGGUGGCAUCCAAGCAAUAUUAAGUUUAACUCAAACAUCUGCUUUUCAAGGCUGUGCAUCGUUAAUUACACUGAUUUUUCGUCACGUCAUGGAAGACGAUAGUAAUUUGCGUUUAGCAAUGGAAAAAGCUAUCCGACAAGCACUAACUGGCAACCAUGGUGGAUCCAUUGGCGUUCAACCUGGCUGUCCUGGUUCUCAUGAACUAAAUGUUAUUUUGCGCAUACUCGGUCCUGCAAUGACUCGUUCACCAGAUAUUUUUCUAGAUGUUGCAUCCAAUGUUUUACAAUUGUUACCACCAUCAGCUGGCCGUCUGCCAGGCUCAAUCAGUCGAUAUACGAAUCCAUUCAGCACGGAAGAUGAUCAUUACUCCCAUGGAAAUCUACACAAGGGACCAUUGAUAUUACAAGCACGACCAGCCACCAGCCAAACUACAGCAACCACUGCUACUGCAUCUAACACUACCAUUGGCAAUACUACAUCGACAACAGAGCAUAGUUCUCAACAUCGUGUCGCUCGACCUAAUUCAACAACAGCAUCGCACGACUCAGCCGGAGGACUAGCUGAACGUCUACUAGUAGAUCUACUUGAUUUCUUAUUAACAAAUGACGAUGCUACUCCGAAACGUUUAUUAUCGAAAUCAACUGUUUUACGUAUACUUGCUGAAUUGAUCCGCUCUUAUGCUAACGUGGCCAAACUUGUUUCGACCAAAACAUUUACACUGUCCGAUAAUCAAUCAUGUUCAGCACUCUCAUUCAUUCUUGAUCAUUUGUUACCUGGCACAAACAAUCAACAGAUUGAUUACGAUAAAGACAUUCCAGCGCUAUGUCGUCUAUUUCUUGUUGCAAUGGCUGCUUGCAAUCAUUGCUUAGAAUCACAAAUGAAUUUAGUCAACGAAGUCAAAAUGUCAUUGAAUAAGAUCUUGGUUUUACCUGAAUGUGAUGAAAAACAUCUGAGAUUACAAGCAUUAGCAAAUAUUAUCAAUACGAUGAUUGAAUCAUGUCCAGCACCGAAUACAUCCGCACCACAACAAGGACAACAUCGUUUAUCGCAAUCCAUCAUCAACAACAUGGUUAAAAUUAUGUACAAACGUGGUCUCAUCAAUGAUCUAGCAAAAAUGAUACAUAGUAUAGAGUUAUCAAGUCCAAAAUUAGCCGAUACGGUUAACGCAGUUCUUAAACCGAUGGAAACUUUAUCACGAAACAUCAAUCUUGCAACAUCGUUACAUGUUCCAGCUUCUGCUCGUCCACACGCAACGCGGCAUCCAGCAGCGACGUCCACAAAUCAAACGGAUGCUUCAACUGUUCCAUCAGCAACAUCAACAACAACAACAACAGCAACAUCAACAACAGCAUCCGAUGCUGCAUCUACCUCAACACCAAAUCAGACAACGACUACAAAUCCAGAUCAAGCAAUAAGAGCGACGGCAGACGCAUCACAAUUGCCUGAACAGCAGACAGCACAUAAUUCAAGUCUUACUUCGUCUCACAAUGAAAAUCGAUCUUCAAUGGAUAAUGCAAAUCCAAACAAUAAUAACACUUCAUUGAAUUCUGCCAGCCAAGUUUUAUUGAGUAUUAGCCAAGAAGAACUCAUGAAUGCAACUGAUAUGGAGCCAGUGGCCGGUUUACCACAAGAUGUUGAUAUCUUCGAGCGAAAUAUUCGCGGAGCCGCGCCCUCAUCGACCGAUGAAGAUGAAUGUGAUGGAGACGAUGAUGAUGAUGACGACGAUGGGGAGAGUAUUGAGGAUGAAGACGACGACGACGAUGAUGAAGCUGUUGGUACAAUUAACGUGGAAUUCGAUGUUGCACAUCCACUUGAUGAUACCCAUGAGCACGAAACAACUUCAAGUUCGACAGCAACUAGUGAUGGUCAAGAUGAUGAAGACGAUGCCGAAGAAACCGAUAGUCCAGAUGAAGAUAUUGAUAUGGACAGUGCCAAUGGUAAUGAUCGUGAUCCACAACAUCGUUACAGUGACGAUGAUGAAGAUAUUACUAGUGAAGAGGAAGGAGAUGUUCGUUUGACUGGGCCAAUAGCAGCCGGCGAACCACAUGAUGAUGAGCUUGAUGAUGAAAGUGAUAAUAGUGAUAGUGAUGAAACACAUACGGGAGAUGAACUAGACGAAACCGAAGGACCAACUAUUGAUAUACAUAUUGAAACAGCAUCGAGCCAAUCAACCGACGAACAUUUAGCUGGUGAUAAUGAUAGAAAUGAUCAAACAAAUGAAACAUGUGGUCAUGCCAAUGCUGAAACAGCGAAUAACAAUGACAAUAAUCAAGAAGAAGAGGAUGAUGAUGAUGAAGAUGAAGAUGAGGACGAAGAAGAAGAUGACGAAGAACAAGAUGAUGAUGAAGAUGAUUUUGCUGGUGAUGAUGAUGCCAAUGCUGCCGAUAUCGAAGAAAUGAUUGCCAAUGACAUGGAUGCCGCUAACGCUUGGCAGGAUGAAGAAGAAGAGGACGAGGACGAAGAUGAUGAAGAUGAAAGUACCGAAUUUGAAGAUGAAGAUGGUGACAUAGCAGAUUACGUUCACGAAAUGGAAUUCGACGAAGAAGUUCUGUCUGAAAUUCGUAAUAAUCUUAUGUCACCAACUGAUAUUGAUCCGAUUUUAAUCUCUAAUCUUCAAGGUGUACGAAUUCGUGCAACUGGUUUCCCAUCAUUACAUGGCAUCAAUGAUACUACUGAUCCUGCUCUUCCUCCACCACCAAUGAGUGUUCCAGCGUUACAUCCAUUACUUGUUCAUCAUGCUGACAAUCAAUUGAGUUCAGGUGCUUUUUCACGAUUUCGUCAAUUAGGUGCAACUGCGACGACAACAACUACUGCCCCGAAUCCAGCAGUAAGCUUAAAUGUUUUGCCGACACACGGCGCUCAAGCUGCAACAUUAACGUUUGGCCAGCAAAAUGGACCCACAGCAACAAUUCUCACAGGACCAGCAGCUGUUGCUGCACAUCAACAACUCGCUCAUCAAACACAACGGAAUCGUACAACACGAACACUGUUUAUCCCAGGGGGCACAACAGCAUUCGGUCGCACAGCAGUCGCUGCCGGUGGCUUCUCUGACUACCUCAAUCAAGUGAAUCAGCUGGACGUUGAUCCAUUAAGUGGUUCAACAGUGAACAAUGGUAAUAUACAGGGUACAACAACAGCACGUAUUCUUGUUGGCAAUGGUGCUGAUCCUGAUGCAUGGCGAUUUCUACAUGAUCAAAUUCUAAUGGAUAUUGCUCCACAAGCAAACGAAGGCAAUGAAAACAUCGAUGGAACAAAGAUCUACAUGAUACGUACACCAUUAGCACGUUGGAUGGAAGAGAGUGUAGUAUUAGAUGGACCAUAUGUACAUGAUACUGUCUUAGCAUUGAAAUCGAAAAUCACUGAGCCAUUAGAGAAGCAAUAUGAAUCCGAAUUACAAGUUGUGCUAGCGAAAAAAGCUAAAGAUGAAGAAGAACGUAAAAAACGUGCCGAAGAGAAAGCUCGACAAGAUGCUGAACGUACACAAGCCGCCGUUGCCGCUGCUGCAGCUGCCGCAGCAUCUACAACAGCUACAACCGAAACGUCAACUACGACUACUGAUCAAGCGCAAACUACAGCAACGGAACCAGUUAUCACCGUGCCCUCAACAGGUUGCGAAAUACAGCAUGUCAAUGAUAUUGUAAUGACUUCUCCUGAGCAAUAUCGUCUAACGCAAACAUCAUCCUUUACUGAUACAGUCCAAGAUAUCAGUUCAAGCCUGGCUCGACCAGCUAGCGAAGAGUCAACAACAACGACCUUGCCACCUACAGGAGCAGUUACUAGUCCAUUACCAACUGACAACAUGUCAACAGGCGGUCAAUCUCCUGCUCAGUUAGCUACGUCACCAACAACGUCUAUGGAAAUAAAUCAUCCAUCACCACCUAAAGAUGCAUCCAACGAACAAGAUCAGCAACAUGAAGAACAAUCAACUACGAAUGCUGAAACGACGUUGACAGCGUCGACAACUACAGAAGAAGUUCCUUCCACGACAGAUGCAAUAGUUGAACAGCCAAGUGUAUCUGCUACUGCCACGUCAACUACAACAGCACCACCACCUGAACCUGAAGUUGAAUGGACUGUCUUAGUUAUCGAUGGCCGUGAAUUUCGCGUUCCGAAAGCGUUAGAAAUCGAUCCAUCAUUUUUAGCUGCCUUACCCGAAGAACUACGUCAAGAAAUUCUAACUGACCAAGUCCGAAAUUUUGAACGCGAAGAAAGUCAACGACGUGCUCAACGCGCUGCUGCAUAUGCUGCUGCUAAUCCGACAGCCAGUUUAAAUACACAAUCAACAGAGAAUGCAACUAAUGACAAUUUUUCAAUGAGAACCAAUCAAGCAACAACAGAGGCUGUUAUUGGUGAAAUGCUCGGUGAAAUUAAUCCGGAAUUUAUUUCUGCCCUACCACAAGAAAUUCGCGAAGAAUUAUUAGCUGAACGUCGUCGCACUGCGGCAGCCAUGGCUGCGAUGAGUGGUGUUAAUCUACCUGAUAGUGGUCCAGCCGAGUUUUUACGCACUUUACAACCACACCUUCGUGAACAAGUCCUUGCCGAUAUGGACGAGAGUCAAAUCGGUGCUUUACCUGAGGAUAUAGCGAAUGAAGCUCGAGCAUUACGCGCAGCAAUGGAAACUCAACAACAGCAAUAUCUACGUGAUCGUAUGGUACGAACUCAUCACGAUAUGAUGAACAUGUUAACCAAUAAUACACAUCAUAGUACACGUCCUAUUCGUAUGUAUAAUUUACGUGCUUUGCAAGAAGCACGAAAUAAUCGUACUGAUCGACAAUCGACUAAUUGGUACUCACUACGUGCUGGAGCCAAUGCUGGCGAUUUGAAUAGUAAUCCAUCGACACUAGGAACGCGUGGUCGACAGCUAUUGGAUUAUGAAUCGGUCUGCUGUUUGUUAGUCUUGCUAUUCAUCGACGAUCCACGUCUAAAUCUUCCACGUUUACAAAAAGUUCUUCGAUACCUAUGCCAUCAUAAUCAAACACGCCAAUGGAUCAUCAAAGCUCUCUUAUCGAUCAUCAACAAAAGUACAGGAAGUACAGAGUACGAACCACCAACAUCAACACCAGGUGCACCAACGUUAGUACUGAAAAAUCCGUCUACAAACAAUCAAUCGCAAUCCUCUACUAGCACUGCUGUUACUACUAGCAAUAACAAUGAAACACAGCAAGUGAAAAUCAUUAGCCCAUCAUGGUUAACAAUCAAUUUCGAAAGUGCAUUCGGUGCACGCACCAAUGUUUUCAGAAUUCUACGUCUGGGCAAUACAAAACGUCACGGCUCAGUGCAAAUCUCUGUUCAUGCUCAAGCAUGCCCUAUUGUUUGCCGACAAGUGCUUGACUCAUUGAUUAUAUUGGCAAAGAAUUUUCCCGAACAAUUCCUUCCAUUACCGAACGCUUACACAACUUCGACGGAAUCACAACCAGCAACAUUAUCAACGAACGAACCAACAAAUAAAGUAAAUUCACCUGAUAAACAACUAGUCGCUACACCAUCGAAAGCAUCAACAAAUACUCGUGAAUUAUCAUUCUGGGAAUUACUUCUCAAAUUAGAUCAAUCAUUUAGCAAUCGUACCAAUCGUUCAUCAUCGAAUUCCUCCCAAAAUAUCGCAUCGAUUGUUAUCUCUAAUCCAAACGCAGGUAACAGUCAACGAGCAACAUCGACAUUAAAUAUCAACAAUAAUAACAAUGAAAUUGAUUUCGAAUCGUCACCAUUAGCAGCACUAUUACUCAUGCUCAAUCAUCCGAUCCUCAACAAAAACAGUCAACUAAUGGAUAAACUAUUCAAACUACUUUCAUUGAUUUCUCAAAGCUUUUCGCGACAUAUUAUCACAAAGAAAGAUGCAACACCCUCACCACUAGCUGCCUCGACACCGAUGGCAACUGAUCCAUCCAGCCAAACAGUGAAUCCUUUUCAACAACAGCAAAACCUACCGACAUUGCCAUUGCCAGUCAACCAGUCGAAUACAACGAAUAAACUAGUUGUUUCGGACGAUCAAGUUAUUUUGGGUUCUCAAUUGGACUUAGUUAUCAAUGCAUUAAUCUUGAAAUCAUGUGCGGAAGAUGGUCUCGAGUGUGCAACGAAACUCUUACUCGAUGUUUCGAAAAUCAAUCAAGCAACACGAGACAAAGUUUUGCACUUAUUACUCGAUGGCAUUCGUAAAUUAGGAGAAAAAGUUAGCAGAGAAAUCAAACAAUUACUUCUCGAAGUGCAAGAUUAUCUUUCGAAAAACAAAUCGCUCCUUCCUACAACCAAUGACGAUGAUUCAUCCAAUGCUGCAUCUGAUGAAUCGUUGAAAUUGUUUGAUUCGUACAGAAGUAUUCGUUCGAAUACACUGACAUCAAUAAAUAAUGAUCCCAAUGCUAAACAACAAGAUCUACAAUUACCAGCUAUGGUUAUGUUGACAUCCAAGACUGCAAACCAGCAAUUUUUAUUACGUAUCCUUCGAGUUAUUAUCGAAUUACGUAAUACAACAAAGAAAGAACAAUUGGAUGCGCAAACCCAUUUUGAAACUGAACUUCAUGCGUUGGCACGUCGCCUUGAUACCUUGCGUCAGUCGUUACGUUCGCAAUUUCCAUCGGACGCAGCGAAUCAACAAAAUGAAACUCUUCAACCUAUCGAUGAAUUAGCUAAUCGCUUAGAACAAAUGCGUACACGCUUGCAAACGGUAUUAAAUUCGAGUACACUUGAACAACGUCAACAAAUCUUUUCCCAACAAGAAACUAUCAAUGAUAUUCAAAAUAUUUAUCGAUUAAUUCAGCAAUUAGAAGUUCUAAUUGAGAGUUUCCAUGAACCAACUCUGCCAGCGGCAAUGACAACACGCAUUAAUGAUGUUCUACAAACAAUCCCACCACUACUUCCACAAAUCAGUGAACCAAUGGAUGUCGGCGCAUUGUUACCGGCAACUCCAACGAAAUUAAGCGAUCUGUUGAAUAUCAACCAAUUAUGGAAUUCUUUGAGUGAUUGCCUAUCAUCACUAGCACGAUUACCUGAUCCACAUGCUGUGUUGGUUCUUCAACCGGCUGUCGAAGCAUUCUUUAUCGUUCAUGCCGCUGAUUUAGAUAAUGAAAGCGACAAACAGAAUAAGAAGAAAAAAGAUCGAGAAACCCGCGAAGCUUUGUCACACCUUGAAUGUUUCGGACCAGCACCAACGACAACAUCUGCCGAUCGUGGUGCACCCGAUGAGCCUGUUAUUGCUCCUUCGAAUACAGCAGCGUCAGCAACGGACAUAACAUCACCUACACUUGUUCUUCGAACCGGAAUGUCGCAAACAAUCUCAACCAACGAAUUGCCACUAGAUGCUCAAAAAUUCGUUGAAUUUGCGCGCACACAUCGUACUGUGUUAAAUCAAAUCUUACGUCAAAGUACCCAGCAUUUAAGUGAAGGACCAUUUCAUAUAUUAACUGAUUACACAGCCAUACUCGAUUUCGACGUGAAAAGAAAAUACUUCCGUUAUGAACUCGAUCGUUUGAAAGAUAAUAAUCGCGGUGAAGAUUUAGCUGUACAUGUACGACGUCAAAAUGUCUUUGAAGACUCCUAUCGAGAAUUAAGCCGGCGUCAAUCAGUCGACUGGAAACAUCGGUUUUACAUUGUCUUUGAUGGUGAAGAAGGUCAAGACGCUGGUGGACUUCUCCGUGAAUGGUAUUCAAUUAUCGCACGUUCAAUGUUCGAUUCCAACUAUGCACUCUUCAUGAUUAAUCCAGGCGAUCGCGUUACAUAUAUGCCCAAUCCAUCAUCACAUAUCAACACCAAUCAUUCGCAAUACUUCAAAUUCAUCGGACGUGUCAUAGCUAAAGCUAUCUUUGAUAACAAAUUUAUGGAUUGUUACUUUACACGUUCAUUCUACAAACACAUACUCGGCAUCCCAAUUCGUUAUACUGACAUGGAAUCAGUUGACUUACAAUUCUAUAAGAAUUUAGUGAUGUUAUUGGAAAAUGAUUUACAGCAAUUAGGCUUAGACUUAACAUUUUCAUUGGAUGUCAAUGAAUUUGGCGAGAACAAAGUUGUAGAACUAAUUCCAAAUGGCUCAACUAUCGCUGUGACGAACGAAAAUAAACAUGAAUAUGUUCGUCUUGUUUGCCAAGAGAAAAUGAUUGGUUCAAUUCGAUUGCAAAUCAACUCGUUCUUGGAAGGCUUCUAUUCCAUCAUACCGAAAAGUUUAAUAUCAAUAUUCAACGAACAAGAAUUAGAAUUACUAAUAUCCGGUCUCCCAGACAUCGAUAUUGAAGAUCUCAAAGCAAAUACCGAAUAUCAUAAAUACCGACCGAAUUCUUUACAAGUUCAAUGGUUUUGGCGUGCAUUACGUUCAUUUGAUAAAGAAGAUCUCGCGAAAUUCUUACAAUUUGUUACAGGUACAUCGAAAGUCCCACUACAAGGUUUUGCACAUUUGGAAGGUAUGAAUGGUGCACAAAAAUUUCAAAUACAUCGUGAUGAUCGAUCAACGGAUCGUCUACCCUCUGCACAUACUUGUUUCAAUCAAUUGGAUUUACCGGCAUAUGAAAGCUAUGAUAAAUUACGUAAAAUGUUAUUAAUCGCAAUUCGGGAAUGUGCAGGCUUUGGAUUUGCGUAA